GGAGCAAGUAAAAUUGGGUAUUCCCCUUAUUUUACAAUGUGGAAAUUUUUUAAUUUUAAAAAAUGAAAGAAUUUCGUUUUUAAAUAAAGUUUUUCAACAAAAUGUCUCGGAUUCGAAUUGGGACCAAACUACCCGGAUAUAAGUUUCCUCUCCAUUACAAUGGCGCCCCCCAGAGAAGGAUAUUUAUACCAGAAUGGUACAUAACGUUGGUGAAACCGAGGAAAGAAAUGCCAAAGAAUUAUGUUCGGUUUCAUGUUCCGGCUGACAUGACAAAAUACGACAUGAAGGAAUAUUUGGACAAAGUUUACAACAUACCAGUUACGAGCAUCAACCUUAGUAUUGUGAAUUAUAUUCGGUAUCGCCAACCAACACCCUGGAGGAAAGAUCAAUAUAUGUGGAAGUUCAUGGAACCUUGGAAGAUUGCUCACGUUUAUUUGGGAAACAACGAAACAUUUGAAUUCCCAGAGAUUUUGACGAAAGUAAAAGAGGAGGACGGCGAUGACGAAGAGAUGGAAGACAUGGACUCCAAGACGAUGGUUGAACAACAAGAAGCAUAUUCCAAGUUUGCCGAGAAACAACAAACAUCGGGGGUUUCAAUUAAAGACAAAACUUAUUUUGAAAAUAAAUGGUUGUGAAAAAAAGUGAAAAUUGUUAAAAAAAUAUUUCUGUGUAAAAUAAAUGAAUUCAAAAAUUGUGGUAAUUUUAAAUCAAAUGCAGUUACUGCUUGUGGUUAACUGUUGUUUCAGUUAAUGCUACACCUUUUUCUGUGUUUUAUCUUAAGACAACAAAACUGUUUUCAAAAUAUAAAAAUACUUUCAG